ACAAGACUAGUAGGGGAAGAGAGAAUAAAGGCAUGGCCAGCCUUCGUUCAAGGGGCUCACUGACCACCCUCCUCCUCCUCCUCCUCCUCGUGCUCAUGGCAUGCUCAUCCUUUGCCACCUGUGGUGCGACAAGGGACUGGCAACUCGACUCAAGUCAAGCAGGAAAGAAGGGAAAUGGAAAGUCCGGCCACGGGAAUCACGGCCACCCAAAACCGAAGCCUAAGCCAUGCCCGACUCCGAAACCUAAACCCAAACCGAGCCCAACUCCACAGCCGAGUCCCAGCCCGUCUCCACCACCUCCCCGAGGAGGAGGCAUGUUCAUCGUGCUGGAUUACGGAGCUGAUGGCGAUGGGGUAACCGAUGACACCGAGGCAUUCCAGGCUGCAUGGGCAGCUGCCUGUGACGGGGCUCCAUCGAAAGUGAUUGUUCCAUCCAACUUUGAGUUCCUCGUCGGUCCAAUCUCAUUCUCUGGCCCUUGCAAGUCCAACGUUGUGUUUCAGGUGGACGGCAAGAUCAUCGCUCCAAGUAGCGGCCGGAAAGCAUGGAGCUCAGGUCUAUUACAGUGGCUUGAAUUCAGAGUGCUAAAAGGAAUCAGAAUUGAGGGCCGAGGCAUCAUCGAAGGUCAGGGCAGUGCCUGGUGGAGCAACAGCUCGUCUCUGUUAGGCUCGGAGGUCAGCGGACAGUUGCCGCACGUCAAACCUACGGCUCUGAGGUUCUACGGAAGCUCUGAUGUCACGGUGAGUGGCAUUACAGUUCGGAACAGCCCGCAGGUCCAUCUCAAGUUCGAUAGCUGCCAAGCCGUCGAGGUCACCGGUGUCACCAUCUCUUCCCCUGGAGACAGUCCCAACACUGACGGCAUACAUCUGCAGAACUCUGAGAACGUUUUCAUCCAUAACACCAACUUGAGCUGUGGUGACGACUGCAUCUCCAUCCAGACCGGAUGCUCCAACAUCUUGGUACAGAACGUGAACUGCGGGCCAGGCCACGGGAUCAGCAUCGGAGGCCUCGGCAAGGCCGACACACAGGCUUCUGUAUCCAAUGUCACCGUUCAGAACGCCAACAUCGUCGGCACAAUGAUCGGUGUCAGAAUCAAGACUUGGCAGGGCGGAUCAGGCUUCGUCAAGUGCAUAAGAUUCGCAAAGAUCAAAGUCUCAAAUGUAAAGACACCGAUCGUCAUCGACCAAUUCUACUGCGACCACAGCGAAUGCAAAAACCAGACUUCGGCGGUAGCAUUGUCGGACAUCACAUACGAUGGCAUCGUGGGAACUUACACGGUCCAGCCAGUGUAUUUAGCAUGCAGCGACGGCAAGCCAUGCCGCAACAUUCAUCUCACCGACAUACAACUUCAGUUGCUGAAACAACGGGGCCGCACGUACGAUCCUUUCUGCUGGCAAGCCUACGGCGACCUGCAAGGCCCCAUCGAACCACCCAUCACCUGCUUGCGCAGCAAAAACAAAAGAUAAAAAUAGAUGAAACUCGUCAUUAAUAAAAUUGAUUUAAAUAAUUAAAAUUAGA